UUGGCUUUUGUCGUUAUCAUCACAACUUUUUUCCAUUUUGUCAAUCCAAUUUCAGGAGUAUAUAAGCGAUCACUUCAGAAGAACGCCGCCUCCACAGAUGCGCACAAAUUGGCAACUGUACCAAGACAAUUGGCAAGUUGCGGUUUGGCCAUAAUUAAACGAAUGCAACACGGGGUCAGGGAAACUGGACUACUUGCCGUCGUUCCACAAGCACUUUCGUCAAAGGCACAGAGGAUGUAUGAAAUCGUCAGGGAAAUUGUUCACGAUGACAUAAUUCCAUUGGAGGCCGAAGCGUUGCAAUACUAUCAAGGGCCUGACCGCUGGACACCUUAUCGGAAGUUUGAGGAGAUCAAGGAAAAGGCGAAGUCGUUGGGAGCGUGGAACCUGUUCAUCUCGGAGCAUAUUGACCCUGAAGGCAUUUAUGGACCUGGUCUAACCAACGUGGAGUAUGCUCACAUAUGUGAACUUAUGGGUCGUAGCCCGUUUGCGCCCGAGGUCUUUAACUGUCAAGCACCAGAUACUGGUAAUAUGGAAGUAUUAAUCAAGUAUGGCGACGAAGCUCAAAAGAAAGAGUGGUUACAACCUUUGCUGAAAGGAGAAAUCAAAAGCUGCUUUGCUAUGACGGAACCGGAUGUGGCAAGUAGUGAUGCCACUAACAUACAGGUGGGAACGGUUCGGCUAUACAGCCUGAAUUAA